UAGUAUGAAGAAAGCUAUUUGUACGAGUCACCGAAUAUAAAUACCAAAGUCGGGUUGAAAAGUCAGCAGUAGAAGAGUCGAUAGUGCAUCGAGUCGAUUCAUAUUUUGACUCGUGCGCUGAAAAAAUUAUAUUUUUCUCUCUGAUACGUCAAAAUUCGCUUCCUCGAUUUAGAAUCUCUUCGCAUCCAUAGAUAUUAAUUCCGUAAAAAGAUAUCCUGAUCAUUCGUAAAUUAAAUUCAUAAAUUAAAGAUUAUUUGUUGUUUAGAAAUCGUUGUUGUUGCGAAUCGUUGUUUAUUGGAAAUUUGGAGUCAUAUUAUUAUCUCACAAAAUUUAUAUCUGCAGCGAAAUAAAAAACACAGUUUCAAGAUGUUCUUGGUCGAGGAAUACGUGAAAGCCAGCACGAUACAAUACCGUGACGCAGCCGACAUUAUCGAGGAAUUCGCGCAAGAGAUGUCCGAGAUGAAAGGGAAGUGUUUGGACAUAGGUUGCGGACCUGGAAUAGUUACCAAAGAACUGAUCUUACCAAACUUGUCACCAGAAGCUAAUCUAGUCGGGAUGGAUAUAUCGAAACCGAUGAUCGAAUAUGCGAAAAAGAUGUAUCAGGACGACGAACGCUUAUCAUUCCAACUACUGGACAUCGAGACCAUGGAUUUGCCCAAAGACACAUUCGACCAAUUUAACAACGUAUUGUCCUUUUAUUGCCUUCACUGGUGCCAAAACUUCCGGAAAGCAUUCGACAAUAUUUACAAAUUGUUGCGACCGGGAGGAAAAGGAUUGUUUAUGUUACUUUCGUGGAACGAUGGUUUCGACGUCUACAAAAAAUUGUACGCGAAUCCUCGAUAUAGACCAUAUAUGCAGGAUACAGAACGCUACAUACCUGUUUUCCACGAAUGUAAAGAUCGCCGGAUAAAUCUAAGAAAAAUACUGGAAAACACAGGUUUCGAGAUUCUGCAUUGCAGCGAAAGAGAAAAGAGCUACAUUUUCAAGAAUUCCGAAAUCAUGAAAAGUCAUAUAAUUGCUAUUAAUCCCUUCAUAUCACGGAUUCCUAAUCCUCUUAAAAAGGAGUUUGAGGAUGAAAUAACGCGGGAAGUAGUGAACAUGAAAAUUCAGUUUUUGAACAAGAACGAGAACGGUGAACAAGAAUACAAUAUAUUGGACAGAUAUCAGAUUUUUGUAACGUAUAUAAGAAAGCCUGUGUGUUGAAAAAUUCAAUCAACACGAAUAUCGCGUCUCAUAAAAAUGGAAUAGAAUAAAUAUAUUACCAUAUCAAUUAUCAUCAAUAAAACAUGUAAAACAUGCUAAUUCUCGUGUAAUUCCAUUUCUUUUGCAAUAAAUCUCAUGCAAAUUUACCAUUGAACAAGCAGGGAAACAUUUGAAAAGGAAAAUAAAAUAAUUGUAUAAUGAAACAAAAA